CCUUUAGUUAACACGUACAUCAAUGUGCAACCACCCGCUUUGGUCUCUCUAUGUGUACCCUUAAGUCUGGUUCUCAAAGAAGCACUUCCAUCGUGUCUCACUCCUCGUGUGCUGUCUGGGUACCAUAGGGCAUAUGAGCUGGUUUUUCUUUCUUUGUGGGGAGAAAAAAUAAAGAAAAUCCUUCACCAGUGAAAACGGCGGAAUUUACCGUAAAUUAUAGAGUGAGAAAUAAAUGCGUGGGGGAGGACUAUUAGGUAUAUAUACAACAUAAAUCCAUAUAGACGAAGAUAUUUAAGUGAAUAUUAAUAUUAUUGAUAUAUUGUGGAUAUAUAAGUGAUUGUCGAUUGACACAGUGAAAAUUUAUUAUUAUAUACAAAAUACAUUUCGUGUGUGUUUUCUAUGGUGGUGGAAGCACGAUAGUUGGCAGCGAUAAAUUUGCGAUAAAUUUCGGUGGAGCGCACUUUCCAUGAAUAAAGCAUUUGUAUUCAACGCAUAAAUAGAGCCCUCCCCCUCGUCAAUUGACUCCAAUACGCUUUACGAUACGACAGUGCAAUCAUCAUAAUUGUACAACAUUUCUCCAAUUUCAUUCUAUCCCAUGAGUGCCUCUAAUCAUUUGUAAAACUACGAAUUGCUAUACUUUUUGCUACAUACUUAUCGCAUAAUAUCAUUCCCAUAUACAUAAAUACAAAAUACAUACACCCACUGUUGGGGGGCGGAAAUUUUGGGUUGGCAGAAGAGAAAAGCGUGGGAAGGUGCUGGCUGGUGAGAAAAGGCAACUCGAAAGGAACAGAGCAUUUAUUAUUACUUUCCACUACAUUUACAUUGUGGCACCGAAUGUAUAUUCAUUCUUCACGCGAUAAGCUCCAAUCAAUUCUUCUAUAAGACGUGAGAGCAACAUCAGAUAGAAAAUUAUUCGGGAAGGGGUGGUGGAGAAGAGAGAGAGAGCCCCCAGAAGCAGAACAGUGUUGUGUAUGUGGGGGAGUGUAAAGAAAAGCCUCUAAAGCUAAAUUCUAUGUUGGAUGAAGGAGAGAGACCGUGAACCAUAUAUUGAUAUUUAUAUUUACAACAAUAUACAUACACAUAUAAAAAUACAUAUGAAUGGGAAAAAGGAUCCAUGUAUAGUAUAAAUAAAUAUGUACAGUGUGAUACACCUGAGUGAAGGAGAGUAAAAGAAAUAACAGAGAACAAGGGAACUGGAGUGAAGAGCAAGGAGAGCCCUUCAUCCUUAAUGAAGUCACAUCGUAAUCUAUAUAUCAAAAACGAUAUAUAUACCACCCAACAAGAUACUUUUGCUACCGCUGGAAAAUUCUUCUCUAGCACUCAAGUGAAUUUUGUAGUAAAAGAAAACUGAUGAGCAAUUUGCUUCCAUAUCCAUCCUUGGCAGCACGACACAAGCAGCCACUCUCAUAUUCCUGCUGAAACUUCACCCAAGGGCUUUCUCACACACCAUGGCGUGGAGAGUUUCAUGCAACUGGCAAUCAAAGUGAUAAGACCGAGAUAUUUGUUCUCGCACGUGAAUUGUCUUUUUGCUCAAUAUCCUUUGCUAAAUGAAAUCAUCAAACUAUGUUUAUUGUCGAGUGAAGACAGUAGCUGAAGGAGAGCCUCUUCAAAUAUGCUCAUCUUGUUGAGACUGAACAGCGUACAUAGGCUAUUUGUGUAGCUCAAGUGAGAAGCAAGAAAAAAAAGUAAAUAAAUCAUAAGGAAUGAAGAAUCUCUCGAUUUCAUCUCGAGAUUCAUCGUCAGUGGUGGAAUCCUUUUGAAGAAAUUCGUGCAAAAGAAGUUGCUGAUGGAAAAAAAGACGAUGGAUAAACAUGAUAGAAAUUAGAUGGAGAGAACUAAGUGAAGGAAAAAAUGAUGAUGGCGGAAAAAUGUAAUCUCAAUGGCGAAACCAUCCUCGCUUGAGGAAGAACUCACUCGCAGUAGUGGAAAGUAAAGAACAAAGAAAAAAAAAGAAGAAAAAUACUCUCCGCAUUAUCGCAAAACAAUCAACAUUGUAGAAAACGUGAAAGAAUUUAAUAGUAGCUGCUCUAGACCAUUUUUGAUGUUGUACAUCUAAUUAUAUAUACAUGUAUACUAUGGAAACUCACGACAAUCAAUCUAUGCAAUCACUAUUCUUAUCAUCAUCUGUGUCUUCUCUACUCUUUCAACUUCAAUCGGGUAUGAAUAAUUUCACCCUACCCAUGGACAUUGAGCCAUUCAUGGCCUUCAACAAUAAUGGUUUCAUCGAUACCACGGUGCCCAUUCACAUGCCAUCGCGGACACCACUUUUAUUCCUUAUCAAAUCCUUCAUUAUAUGCCUAAUCAUCCUUGCCGCAAUUUUUGGGAAUCUUCUUGUCAUUGUGAGCGUCAUGAGGCACCGAAAAUUGAGGGUGAUAACAAACUACUUUGUUGUGUCACUUGCGAUGGCGGAUAUGCUGGUGGCUUUGUGCGCCAUGACAUUCAAUGCCUCCGUAGAAAUCUCUGGCCGCUGGCUGUUUGGAUCAUUUAUGUGCGACGUCUGGAAUAGCCUCGAUGUCUAUUUCUCUACAGCAAGCAUACUCCAUCUGUGUUGCAUAUCUGUGGACAGAUACUAUGCAAUUGUCCAGCCACUGGAUUACCCAUUAAUAAUGACGUCGUCCAGAGUUUCGUGUAUGUUAAUGAUAGUUUGGCUGUCGCCAGCACUUUUGUCCUUUGUGCCAAUUUUUCUCGGAUGGUACACAACACAAGACAAUCUCGAAUACUUGAAGCAUCAUCCUGAUGUAUGUGAAUUUAUUGUAAAUGCAUCAUAUGUACUUAUUAGCUCAUCAGUAAGUUUCUGGAUACCUGGACUCCUCAUGUGUGUCCUGUACUAUAAGAUCUACCAAGAAGCAGAUCGGCAGGAGAGGAUGCUGUACAGAUCAAAAGUAGCAGCUCUCCUUUUGGACAAGCAUCUCCAGAUAAAUGGAAUUGCGGUGUCAGGACAGCAGAAUAUCCAACCAAUUGAACCCAUAGCCAGUUCCAAGAUGAGGCGGGAACGAAAAGCAGCUCGAACUUUGGGUAUCAUCAUGAGCGCCUUCCUCGCAUGCUGGCUACCGUUCUUCCUGUGGUAUGUGAUUCACGUGCUCUGUGGCAAUCACUGUUCCACCCCCCGGAUAGUUGUGGGUGUAGUCUUCUGGAUUGGGUAUUUCAAUUCGGCCCUCAAUCCCGUGAUAUACGCAUACUUCAACAGAGAAUUUCGUGCUGCUUUCAAAAAAACCCUCCAGAGUUGCUGUCCACUUCCAAAAAUCGAUUGCCACCGUCUACACGAUCAAACUGGGCAGGUUCACUCCACCGUAUCCUCAGAAAUUCACAUGGGGAUGAUUAAUUGAUAAAAAUGGAAUUGAUGUCGAUUAAUAAGAUGGAAUUAUGUUGAUUAUCUGUCUUUAUGUAAUUAUUAUUAAGAAAUUAGUGAUCUAUAUUUGAUUAUAUAUUAAGGAUAUAAAUGCAUAGAGUCUGCAGAGUAUGUAUAAUAAAAUAAAAGAAAAGUAAUAAAAUGAUUAGGCCAAUCUACAUUAGAGAGAGUGAGGAAAAGAUAUUACAUAUCUUUUACACAAAAGAAUAAAAGAAAAACGUAAAGGAAUAAAUUUUAGUGAGAAAAUUAGCAAGACAACCGUGUAUUUUACAAAAUUCAUGUUAAUAUAAUUGUUACAGAAUUGUUAUGAUAUUUGGACUUAUUGUACAUGUACAGUAGAUUGUGAUAAAAUGUAUAUUUAUUUACUAAAACAUAAGCUUGAGAUGUAUUUUAUGAAGGAGAGCAAUACUCUUUGAGAAUAAAUAUUGGAGGAAAGA